AUGCUCGGCUCUCGGAACGGCGUCAAGCCGAGCUUCGCACGUCGUCGCCGCCCUGGCGCCGUGCCACGGAGUGCGAGAAUAGAGCCGAAGGCCGGCGCUGUAGAGGUAGAGGCGGAGGCAGCGGCUGCAGUGUUGGCCGCGAUGCGGGGCGCGGUCGGAGCGGGCCGAGCCCACGGCGGUUCGGUGCGCAGCCACGGCUCCUCGUCGGACGCCACCGACGUGGACCCCCGCGAGCGCCUCAAGGCCUGCUGCCGCCGCCUCGUCGCCUUCAUGUGCACGCAGGUGGGGGUGGGCGCGCUCGUCGUCGGCUACGCGAUCGUGGGCGCCGUCGGCUUCAUGUGGCUGGAGCGCGGCCACGACAGUCCGCUGCUGGAGCAGGAGCGCACUGUCAUCGACAUGCGGGCCGCCUGUGCCGACGAGCUUUGGGACCUAGUGGACCGGCACAACACGCUGGACGGCGCCGCCGCGUGGGCGCGCGACGCGGACGUGGUGCUGCGCCGCUUCCAAGACGUGGUGGCGCGCGCCGCGCGUGCCGGCUACACGGGCGCCAGCCUCGACAACACGUGGUCCUUCCCCGCCGCGCUCAUGUUCUGCCUGUCCGUCUUCACGAUGAUCGGCUACGGCAACCUGGUGCCCCGCACCUCGUGGGGCAAGGCCGUCACUGUGCUGUACGCCGUGUUCGGCAUCCCGCUGUACGUGCUGUACUUCAUGAACAUGGGGAAGGUGCUCGCGACGACGUUUCGCUGGCUAUACGCGCGCGUGCACGAGUGCAGCCGCGACAGGUCUCCGCGCCUGCGCCGGGGAGGUUCCGUGGGCCCCGCGCCCCCGCCGCGCCGCGUCAUAGUCCCGUCCACCGCUUGCCUCUGGGUCAUUGCCGCCUACAUCCUCGCCGGCACCAUCAUGUUCGCCGAGUGGGAAGGCUGGAACUACCUCAACAGCACCUACUUCUGCGUCACCAGCUUGUGUAAAAUUGGCAUAGGUGAUUUUGUGCCCGGUGCCAACAUCAGUGACUCGCACGGCGGCAGCCAGACCAAACUUGUUAUCAACUUCAUAUACCUCUUGCUGGGAAUGGGACUGGUGGCGAUGUGCUAUAAUCUCAUGCGGGAGGAAGUGCGUGUGAAGGUGCGAGAGGUGAAACGGGAACUCGGGCAGUGUCUCGAAGAUACCCGGACGCGUAUGGCGUACUGCACUGAGCCUUCGGAAAAUUGACAGCUUAGCCGUGGUUUUGUGCGUGGUACCUUGACUUGCGACGAGAGGUGGCGCUUUAAGAUUUGCCACUCACUGUGAAAAAUACUCUUAAAGUUUACAAAACUCAGAACUCACCUUAUGUGAGAGUAAGUUAUUUAACAAAAGGAGUUUUGCUAUUACUAUAUGCAAGGGUACUUGCAAAAAUGGACGUUUUCAAAUUUUCUGGCAUAGGCACCUAGCUUUGUGACACUGGUCACCGUAUCCCCAAGCUCGUGGAUGCCUUCUAGAAGAGG